AUGUGUUCCCUUGCUCAGGAGCAGCACAAGGGAAGUAGGAGAGAAGCUGCCUGUGUGAUCUACAGGGCCACUUCAUUCGUGCCUCUCCCCUUUCCGAUGGAUCCGAAAGCUCAAUGGACACGGCGUGUGGAGCGAUCCAAGCGGAUGCCUUUGCCCGGCAUGUUUGUAAUCGACCACGACUGCCGUAAUCCCAUCGCAGCCAUUACAGCCGAGGGACUAGUGCCACAAGCGCCGCAGGCUCUAGGUCCCACACCGGUUGCUGACGAUCCGGGGCAGGGCCACUAG